CGCUUAUUGUAAUCAUUGACUACGGUUGUUCGAAAAGUUUUCGUUUCUUUCUUGUUACUUUCUUCGCGCGCGAAAAUAUCCAAAUUUAAUCAAAUGCUUUCAGAUUAAGUUAAAUUAAUAUUUAAAAGAGAUUUUAUCAGAAAUUUAAGCGAGAUUUUAUUUUUGUUUUAUUGUUAUGGCAACGUCAACAGCGACGAUAAGAAACGACGAUGACCAGCAAACAUCGGCUACGCCUUUGGAACUUAGCACGUUAAAUGGUAACGCCAUGCAACAGAAUACGAUUAAAUUACCGCCACGUCAAUAUGAACGUCGUGAACGUUUAAUUAUAAUAAAGAACGUCAUCAUCAUCGGUUUGGCAUUUAUGAUACAUUUCACCGCAUUUCAUGGUACAUCAAAUUUACAAAGUUCUGUUAACGCGGACAAGGCAUUGGGCACCACAACUUUGGCUGUGAUAUAUGGUUCAUUAAUAUUAUCAAACAUUUUCCUGCCGAUGACAGUGAUAAGAUGGUUUGGUGUGCAUUUAACUAUGUCUUUGGCGUUCUUUGCCUACAUGCCUUAUAUAGCGGCGCAGUUUUAUCCACGCUUUGAAACGCUUAUACCGGCCGGUCUAAUGGUGGGCUUUGGCGGUGGACCUCUAUGGUGUGCCAAGUGUACCUAUCUUUCGACGGUGGCGGAAGCCUUGACUUUUGUACGUGGCCGGCAGUCACGCAAGGACGUUAACACUGUCAAAUUUUUUGGCCUAUUUUUUAUAUUCUACCAAAUGGCCCAAGUAUGGGGUAAUUUAAUAUCUUCAUCAGUUUUGACGUUAACCUUGGCUGGUAAUGAAACGGAUUCACAAAGCAACUCAAGUAGUCAAUUGGUGGGCGAAUUAUGUGGCGCCCGUUAUUGUCCAGGCAUUGGCUCAGAAGUAAACCCAAAUCUUAUACCACCGGAGCCGGCUAAAAUACAAUUGCUUAACUCAAUAUUUCUUGUCUGUAUGGUGAUAGCGUUUCUGUUAAUGUUUUUCGGUGUAAACUCUCUCAAGAGAUAUGGCAUAAAACGGGGCGAAACUGAGGAGGGUCUUUCUGGUUUGAAACUCCUAACAGCUACGAUUAAUCUUUUACGUACACGACGUCAACUUCUUAUAUUGCCCAUCACUAUGUUUAUCGGUUUGGAAGAAGCCUUUCUAGCGGUGGAUUUUACUAAGUCUUUUGUAGCAUGCGGUUGGGGCAUUUCGAAUAUUGGUUUCGCUAUGAUUUGCUUUGGUGUCGCUAAUGCUGUGGCUGCCGGGUUUGCAGGUGGCUUAGCAGCGAAAUUAGGCCGCACCACCUUGGCCGCCUUGUGUGCGAUAGUAAAUUUAUCUUUGCUGGCGUACAUGCUGCAUUAUACUGCGCAACCGAAUGAUUACAUUAAAUACUGUACUUUUGCUGCUGUUUGGGGUAUAUGUGAUGGCGUAUGGCUUGUUGUUGUUAAUGCUUUUUAUGGUAUCCUUUUCCCAAAAAAUUUAAUAGCUGGUUAUAGCAAUUUUCGUUUAUGGGAAUCUACUGGUUCUGUGAUAGGUUACAUAAUCAGUUCACAACUUUGCACUUCUACCAAGCAAAUGUUAUUAAUGUUCGUUCUAUUGAUAGGAUGUGCAGGCUAUGGAUAUAUCGAAUUUCAUAUAAGAAAAAAGCAAAAACAUUUGGAAAAUAUGUUGAAAGAAUGA